CUUCAGAUCGCUCUUUGACAUGUUCCUCUUCUCCUAGUUCUCCGGCCACCAGCAACAUCCCACAUUUGAACAAGAUGAGAGCGCCUUCCUGUUUGGCGACCUAUCGCAGUGGCUCUCGCGCUGUUACUCGAAGUGCGAGGCUCCCCUUGAGAGUUGGCUACAUGCAAGCCAUCCGGAACGUACGUGGAGUUUCGAGCUUAGCAGAGACUCGAUGUGCCUCCUGAAUAGCUACGCCUCAGAUGUCGAACAAAAGCAACACGCCUAGUUCUGCUGUCCAAGUUCCCUACCCGGAGCGCGUAGCUCCCACCGCACUAAUCCAGCAACACCUCAAGAAGCCCCUCAGUGUUGCGGAGCGUGAUGCGAUGAUAAUAAGUGCCUGGAAAGACCAUGAAGGUAGCCUUUCGAACGCAGAGUUUGAGGACGGUCUAUUGGAGCACGGUCUUCGGCGUGGCGUGAAAGCGAACAUUUUCCGCGUCAUCUAG